AUGACAACCGGCACGAAUACAGAAGUCAACCAAACUUCGAUACUGGAGCGAUAUCUGUUCUGUGAAGGACAGUCGAGUGCCCAAGGCCGCUUGGCUUCGGGUAGGCCAGCUCCAACUGUCGAAGAGAAGACCGCGGAGAUGAGCCGGCACUUAGCAGGGCUAGGCCAAGGAACAAUCGCAGUCCACCCAAAAGAACAGAUGAACAAGAUGGCUCAGGAGCUGGAUAGCCUGCUUGAAGGCAAGUAG